AUGAAAGAAACACAGAAAGGAACGCGCAUAGGGCCGCUGCCUGGGGGUCGCCGGGGCGCGUCUGGAGCUGGCACUGGACGCGGCAGCAUGCGGGCCGCCAACCGAGCGCGAGGAGCUGCACGAUCACCUAGCAGCCCCUCGCAUAUAUCAUCCCCACCAGAAGGCUUGAUGUCGGCUGGGUCUUCUCGGACUCAGCAAGCGGCACCAGCCGCUGAUGGAGCACGUCGCAUGCGUUGGACAAAAUCUAUGAACGAAAACGCAUUGCGAGCGUACUAUAGGGCGAAAGGGGAAGAAACUGUGGGAAUAGCGCAUAGGUCUCGGAUGCAUCACUAUUUUGCUGAGCUGGAGCCUUCUAUCCCCGUCAGAGAACAAAACCUGGCAGACCGAGUUCGGUACAUCAUGUGCUCGAAAAUAUUUGAUGAUGCUGAACUCGAACGACUACGACGUGAGGCUAUUCCGUCGUCGAAUGAAUCGGCUAUGGCUGGAGAUGCAGCUCCACAUUUGACAGACCAGCAUCCACACGUGGAAGCCGCCAAGGAUCUUCCAGUUUUGGUUGAUUCGAACGACGAUGAAAUAGUCUCCCACGAACUAGAGCAAAUGAGGAGUAUAUUGGAAGAGGCGAUUUUGGAAACGCGCAGCAACUUUCUCAAAAAUAGACCGCGACUUCCCCCGCAUACCCCUAAGCAAGCGAAAUCGGGAUGUCAUGAGGGCUCUUAA